GUUGAUUUCAGAGCUUGUGUCGUGUUAACAUCAUUAGACGGUGCUCGAGCUUCUGGUGAAGGGCAUUUAGUUGGAGCUGCUCGACAUCCAUUUACCUGUCUUGCGUUCAGUUCAUGUGGACGCUACAUAGCUACCGGAGAGUCUGGUCACCAGCCCCACGUUCGAGUAUGGGAGCUUCGUGACGAUGUGGGAAAUUUCACAGGGCAGUCGAUUCGGAGUUUUCCCUUCCACUCCAAUUCCAUAGUUGCCGUUCGGUUUGUGCCUGGUACCAAUCUGCUUAUAUCCGUUGGAUGUCAGCAUGAUGCCACCACAUGUGUUUGGGAUUGGCGAAGUGGAACGAAGUUAGCCACCGGGAAAGUCACAGCUGUUGUAAAUGCCAUAGCGAUCUCUCCCGACAACACGAUGUGCGUAACUGUUGGUUCGAAACAUGUGAAAUAUUGGCAUCUUCCUGCUGGUGAUUCGCAACAAGGCGCCGGUUUA